AUGAACGCAAAGGUUUACGAUGAGAAAGCAGAAAAACUCUUCCCAGCCCCAUCCCUUCCACCAACCGCACUCUGUCCACAGAGGUGGCCAGGAUGCAGCCUCGAAUCAUCGAUCGCGAUGCGGCACGUACUGAUCGAUAACCACACCCGAUAUCACAUCUUCUUUAACAACACCAAGUUUCACAACCACAUUACUCAUCGAGCACUUGCGAUAUACGCGUUAGGAGGCAGCGGCACCGUGAUUGAAGCAUUAUACAAACAGGACAGCAAGUCUCAGAGAGCUGCCUUUGUAUCGCCCCAUCCCAUCACAGCGCAGAAUUUUGUUGACCAUCUCGGUGAUGAAAACUACUACGAAGCUUAUACCACUUUCUUUGCCAAGGCCAUCGAAGAGAAAGGCACCUCCGCGACUUUGGAUGAAUUCAUCUUUUCCGAAAAGUAUAAUUUCCGGCCUGGAAGAGUUGCGGAAAGCCAGCCGGAAAUGCUGUACCGAUUCGUAGAUGGGGUCAUGCAUUCAUUGAUUCAUUGUGGAUAUGGCGUCGAGUUUGGCUUAAAAGGCAUGCUUGCUGAGGGGCUUUCGUUGGCGGCGAUGCAUGAUAUUCAUGCCCCGGGUUUCCUUCCACCAUCAAUGUUUGUCGCCCAGCCUAGUGAUGGCACCGGCGCUAUGAUGAACAGUUUUGCGUCGUUGGUACUCGAUAGCCAGUCCCCUGCGACGCCUCUCAAGGCACCAAGCGGACAAGACACCCACGCUUUCUCAAUUCUUGCUCGAGUUCUCAAAGACCCCAGCCUUGCGCCGAAAGGUCCAUUCCGUUUCAAUAAGCAAUAUCCUGACACACUUGUGGCUCACGGUGACAGAAUCCGCGAGUACGUUCAGGAAUGGACGAUUGAUCUCUCCAAACCAGGAGAGAUCGAACGCAAGAUGGAAGAGUGUAUUUGGACCUCCUCGGUAAUAUAUGCUCUCGGAGGAUGGAAAAACGGUUUCACUGCCGAUUUCUUCCUGAUGCAUAUGGUCACUUCAAGUAUCUUCCUCCCUUCACUCAUCGCAUACUUGUCUCCUCGAACGCAAGCUCUACUUCUCCGCGCAUACCUCUCAGGCGUUGUUGCGUGGUUCGUGGCAUGCGGUUGCCCUCCCCUGAAUUUCAAGUCCUUCUUUGAGUCGACACCCACGGUGCCGAACCCUCCCAACAGCCCCGCUGUCCCACCAGUGGAAGGUAUCCCAGCACAGGACGCGCAGGCACCCAACCCCUUCCUUCCUCUCAUUCAAUCAUCCAUAAUGCAUCCUAAUGACCAUCACACCAAGAUCCAACGGGCUUUCGCACACUUCUCCACCAUCUACGGGGCCCGGCCGAAAGGAUACUUUGCCGGAACUGAACUAGAUGGGGCAGAGGAACUUGACGGCUCAUUGUUCGUACGAGCAGCCAUUUUGACCGCAGAUUACUUGGGAUGGGUGAGGGAAGGGGAAGAGAUGAGAAUGUGGAGUUUGAAAGGGUUCUGUGAGUAA